AUGUUUCUAGUAGCUUUGUCCUUUGCCUAUUUUGCAAAGGCUCUGUCGGGGAGCUACAUGAAGAGCACAAUAACUCAGUUGGAGCGACGCUUUGACAUCCCCAGUUACCUAAUAGGAGUCAUUGAUGGGAGCUUUGAGAUAGGUAACUUGCUUGUUAUAGCUUUUGUCAGUUACUUUGGGGCCAAACUCCACAGGCCGAAGAUCAUUGCCAUGGGUUGUGUCCUGAUGUCUGUUGGCACCUUUAUCAUCGCUCUACCUCACUUCAUCAUUGGAUGCUACAAAUUUGAAACAUCUGUGAGGUUGGUGGUGAACUCAAGUCAUAACUCAUCUCCAUGUCGGGGGGGUUCAACAGUAGAACUGACACAGGACGAUAGACCACCUCAGGUGCCAUCCACAAGUUGUGAUGGUGACUCCAACUUGUCCAUGUGGAUCUACGUCCUCCUGGGAAAUGUCUUGCGGGGGAUUGGAGAGACUCCUGUUCAACCACUGGGCAUCUCUUACAUUGAUGAUUUUGCUACUGAGGAGAAUGCUGCAUUGUAUGUUGGCUGUGUGCAGACCAUCUCUGUGGUCGGCCCUGUGUUUGGAUACCUCUUAGGCUCCCUUUGUGCUAAAAUAUAUGUGGACAUUGGAUUUGUAAAAAUGGAGACCAUUACCAUAACCCCAGCAGAUGCACGCUGGGUCGGGGCCUGGUGGCUGGGCUACCUCAUCGCUGGAAUCAUCACCCUGCUCUCUGCCAUCCCAUUCUGGUUUUUGCCCCGCUCCCUACCCAUACCUGGGUCCCAGCUCUCAAAGCAGUGCAAUCAGGAGCAGACAAGUUUUAUCAAAGACUCUCCGCAUCCAAAGAACAAAUAUCAAGCAGAGGAACGUAUCAGUUUUAUAGAGAUGGCUAAAGAUUUUAUUCCAACCCUGCGAACUCUGCUGGGACACCCGGUGUAUCUGAUCUACUUGUGUGUGACAGUCAUCCAGCUGAACUCUCUCAUCGGCAUGGUCACCUACAAACCCAAGUAUAUCGAGCAGCAUUUCAGACAGUCUGCCUCAAAGGCUAACUUCCUGAUGGGUGUGAUCAAUAUCCCAGCUGUGGCACUGGGGAUGUUUUCUGGUGGUGUGCUCAUGAAGAGGCUGAAGCUGAACAUUAUGGGAGCAGCCAAGGUUGCUUUUGGCACUUCCCUGAUUGGUUACAUCCUAUCACUGUUUUUCUUUGCAAUGAGCUGUGAGAAUGCCAAGGUAGCCGGAGUGACACUGUCAUACCACAGCAUGAACCAACUUUCUUACGACAAACACUCAGUGUUCACUGGCUGCAACUCAGAUUGUUUGUGUUCAUCCAGUGAGUGGGACCCUGUGUGUGGGGAGAACGGCAUCACAUACGUUUCUCCAUGUCUUGCCGGCUGCACCACUUCAACAGGCUCGGGGAAAAACACAGUCUUCUCUAACUGCAGUUGUGUCGGUGUGGCUGGUAACUUGACAGCCAGUCCGGGUCAUUGCCCUGAAAAGGACGACUGCGACAGGAUGUUCCCGUACUUCCUUGCCCUCUCUGUCAUCACUUCCUUUAUCAUCUCCCUUGGGGGCACUCCAAGCUACAUGUUUCUCAUCAGGUGCAUCACACCGCAGCUGAAAUCUCUGGCUCUGGGUUUCCAUGCUUUGGCAACACGGACUCUUGCAGGGAUCCCUGCGCCCAUCUACUUUGGAGCAAUCAUUGACACCACGUGUCUCAAAUGGGGUCAGAAGAGAUGUGGAGGUUUAGGAGCCUGCAGAAUCUACAACACCACAGCAUACAGGAUAGCAUACCUGGGUCUAACUUUAAGCCUGCGAACUAUCUCGUUUAUCAUUUGCAUUCCGGGCUUCAUUCUGCUCAGCCGACAGCUGGAGGAGGAGGAAAAAAGCUCCAUACGUGAAGCUCUGUCUAACGGUGGAACGGAACUGGAGGCGCUCAGGAAGGAUGAGUUUGUUGUACAGAAGUCUGAUCAAACAGUUCACACGUCGGGCAACGGCACAGAUGGACACGGCCGGCUGUGA